CUUUGUUCUAUAUUACUAAUUUUAUGUAUUAAGUGAUGAUGAUGCAUGUUCAAGUUUUUUGUCAUCAAUUUAAAACUCUAAAAUUAAAAAGGUUGCCUCCUAUCAUUACAUGGAUUUAUGCAAUAUGUCAACCAAGUUUGUUUUAUUUAUUUAUUUUAGAUAAUGACCCACGCCCUGGGCGGUUCGGGGGAAGAGGCAGAGUGUUGCAUGGACAAAUGAGAGGGCGGUGUUACAAAUGUGGCCUUCGUGGCCACCGAGCGGCGACAUGCGACGCACGGGCUGUUUGUUGGUUAUGUGGCCGAAGAGGCCACACGAAAGUCGUGUGUCCCCAGCGACAGGGGGCACAAAAAACUGGGGCAAAACCCACAAUGCAGUUUACAAACUGCACGUUUGAGAAGUUCAAUGCUUGA